AAAAAAGAAGCCAGUUGUCUGGUCCUGUCUUAGGAGAAUUAGUAGUUCUACUAUUUUUCAACAAUAUUGUGUUCACGGUGCAUGUAAAACUGCUCUAAAUGGAUGCAUUUAGAACUACAGCCAAAGAACGUGGUCCAUCACCUGCUGAAAUAUGGCAGCACUGGAAGAAGCUCCCUGUGGUGACGGUGAGGAAAAACCACAUCAUUUUACAGGGAUACAAGAUCAGAGGAUUGAAAUAGAAUGUGAUCAGCAAGCAGCGCAAACCAAAUCGAUAAUCGAUUACAGUCCUUUGCAAGCAGCGAUGGAUAAGAAUAAAGAAUCCUUGAAAGUUAAACUGCUGGUCAGAAGAACAAUGAAUCAAUUGGUGGAACAAGGAAUAAUGCCAUCGCUUAAAACUUCACCGGCUAUAUACGAGCAACAGCGACAACUUGAACGCGCUAAAACCGGAGAUUUGCUUAAAGCAAAAAUAAAACAACGACCAAACAGACUGGAACUUGAAAGGAGACAUAUUUUAGAACAUCAGGAAGGGAACAUUGAUCCAAGUUUGGCAGAGAAGAAAAGGAUGCUUGAGAAAGCCUUACUUGUAGACCAUUUGAAUUCAAAAAUAUCUCACCGCCCUGGACCUCUUGAACUUAUAGAAAAAAAUAUUUUACAUGCAGAAAAGCCGAUAGAAUGGAUUGUGAAAGAAGGUUUAGUAAACUAUACUUCCACUGAUGAAGCUGUUUCACCAGCGCAGUCAUUGCUAGGUCCAACGGACCUUGUGUGUAUCGAAGAUGAUUCUCUGAGCUCUGAAGGAGAAACUCAAAUUAUACAAAAAAAAACUCCUAUCAAUAUUAUGUUUUCAACACACCAGAAAAAUUUCAUAACUGCUCUCGAUAAUCACGAUACUUCAAAUAUCAAAAUAGAGGAACAACGUGCUAUAGAAAAAGUAAAUCUCAUCCAUUGUAACACAUUUGUAAAACCAGAAAGUUAUUCCAGAAUAGACAAUACAUUGGAAACGAGCAAGAAGUCAAGCACAGGGUCAAACAAAACUGAUACAAAGGAAAAAAGUAAAAAGAAAAAUAAACACAAAAUCAUUUCAAAGGCUCGAUCCAUAAAAUUUCAUGAGUACAAAGGCCCUUCGAAUGCUCAAAAACAUUCGACAGUUCAAGAACACAGUGGAGAGACCAAUUACCAAUUAAUAAUGAAACAACAAUACCUUUUGGAGUAUUUGGAGGAAAUUUGCAAGGAUCCUCCAUCAUUACCUGCUAGUUCUAAAAUGUCCUUUUCUACAGCAGGUAAGGGAAAAGAUACAGAUCCAUCUGUACUAUUAUAUGAUUCAAAAUCCACAAAACAUACUCAGUCAGAUCUACCUUCUGAAGUACUUAACAAAUUGAAAGUGUUUCAACUAAAACGGUAUUGUAAAAAGUAUAAUCUUCCGGUAUCUGGGUCAAAAUCAAGCCUUGUGGAUCGUUUAAAACCGUAUCUUUAUUUGAUGGAAAAAAACCUAAAUUUUGAUGGGAAAAUCGACUUUGAAGUAUCGGAUGGUUGCACAAAUAUGGACCAAAAGAGCAAUGAUGGAAUCGAAGAAAAUUUAUUAAAAGAACAACAGAAACGAAUAGUAGAACUACAAAAUCAAUUGAAGAAGAGUCAAGAUGAGUUGGAACAAAUGAAGUGUACUCAGAUGCGCUCUCACCAAGACUUAGUUGAGCAACACAGUCAAUGUUCUAAUACACACAAUAAUUCUAAGACAGAACCAAUUCUUUGCGAAGAGUUGAAUAUUAUUUCGACACCCCUUGACAAAAUAUCAUCUGAUAUGGAUAUUAAAAUUACUUUACGCAUCGAUGCCGAUACGACAAGCAACAAGAUGGAAUCAAAAACAGAACCAUGCUAUGUAGAAAAUGAAACUGUUUUGAAUGUGGUGAAUUCUCAACGUAGCAUGCUAGACAGUGAUGAUUCAUGUGGCACGUCAUGGAGAAAUAAUAAUCUUCAAUCUGUUGUUAAUGACAGUAUUCUUCAAUGUGAUUCCUCACCUCGUAAAAACAAGAGUUUUGUUUCUAACAAUCAAAUGCUAGACAAAUUGCUCGGCCAGGUUCAGCCCGGAAUCCCCAGUUUGAACACUAAACCUGAGCAUACAUAUAAAUCAUUCGAUAGUAGUUCUUGCAGUCCAUGCAGUAUCCUACAAAAAGAUUCGAAUACAAUUCUAGGAGAUAGUCUCCAUACGGCUUUGGGAAUCAUCGGUUUCAAUGAUGUUAAUUUGCUUGAUUUUCACAUGCAUAUCGAUGACACCUGUGAUAACGGGCUAACACUUCCGAAAACCGAAGAAAAUUCUUUAGCAAGUAUGAGUACUAAAAAUUCGUUUAUCGACAGUAACAUCACAGUUAAAAUGGACGAAAAGAAUUUUUUCAGCGAUUUUGAUGGUCUACGAUUUGUGCACAAUAAUCCAUACUCAAAUAUCUCUAUUACACACAAUAACAGCAUGAACACAGUUGUUACUGGAACCCCAAAUAUAUCUAAAACGCUUUCAAAAAAAGAAAAUUUAAGUGAACCUACAGAAAACUGUAUAACAUAUACGACAAAUCGUGCUAGUUGUUCAAUAAGUACAUCACGAAUGCUUUCAGAGCAAUUUUCACAACCAGGAACUUCGAACACUAAACGUGAAUGGUUAAUGGACAACAUCUAUUAUGACAAUAAAUUUAAGGCAAUUCAUCCUGGCUACAUACAUCCGAAAGGGGAAACGUGCAUCAAUCGUUUGGAAAAGUUCAAUGUUAUGGACGAUAAAUGUAGUGAUAUCAAGUUCAGUUAUGACAGUGAUUCAAGUAUUGCUACUGGAUUAUCUUAUAGUUUGAAUAACAACACUGGACGUGUCAGUCCAAUGGAUUUUGAUAGCUUAAUAUCAAAUUUUGAUUCGCCGAAUAUUAACCAGAGUUGUGAUCGAGCGUUACUUGGUGAAAAUCAAGAUCGGAUACUGUAUAAUCAGCAACACAGUAACAUACUCGAUUACUUCAACGAUGAUUAUGGUAUGCAAAAUGAUUCAUUGACAUGUGAAAUAAAUACUACCAGUUACUGAA